GAUUUCCUGUUUUAUUUUGUAUCAGAAUUACAAAUUUGGCGGUUUAAGCUGUGGUUAAAUAAACUGUAUAUUCCAGAGUUUUGUUAGUGACUCAUCAAGGGGCCUUUAGGGUCCCAGAAACUCUGGCAAACCAGUAAGUCAGAUGAGAACCCCUGUCUCCGCCCAGCAUGAAGCAACGCCCUCCUUGUUCAUGGAGAUAAAAAGUCCAGUUCGUUUACUCUUUUCGUGUCCAGUGAGGUUUCCAUGAGCGCACAGGCGUAUUUUUUCUUCUCAAUGUGGCCCAGAGCUUUCGCUCUCAUGUUUUGAAGCCACUCUAGUCGAAGAUCCACCAUGUCCACCGGGUCUCUCAGCGACGACGAGCUUCUGGACGGCAUCCUGAAAUUCAGUUCAGGUAAAGACUCCAACGAGAGCACAGAGGAGAGCUCCAACUGCGAGGGAGCGUGCGCAAACGACGAACGGAAAGAUGCGCCAGGGAAGAGGCGAAAGACGGGGUCCCGCAAGAGUGCGGCUAAGGGCGGGGCGCAGCAGGAGGGCAAGCAGGUGCAAAGGAACGCAGCCAACGCGCGGGAGAGGGCCCGCAUGCGCGUGCUCUCCAAAGCCUUUUCGCGGCUGAAAACCUCCUUGCCUUGGGUACCACCGGACACCAAACUCUCCAAGCUGGACACACUGCGUCUGGCGUCCAGCUACAUCGCGCAUCUCCGGCAGAUCCUGGCCAAUGACAAAUAUGAGAAUGGAUAUAUUCACCCAGUGAACCUGACGUGGCCUUUCAUAGUUGCGGGGAAACCAGAGACCGACCUGAAGGAGAUGCUGAGCGCAACGCGGCUGUGCGGAACCACUGCGUCCUGAUGCGCGGAACCACUGCGUCCUGAUGCGCAGACGCGUCUGCACCAUUUUUGAGGGACUUUUUCCAGAAGAAAAAAGGAACAAAAAGACCCCAAAAAGUGACUCAGUUUCAUGUCUGCGCUGACUGUGAGUGGGAAUACCGGGGGUGCGCAUCCAGUCCCCCCUCGUUCCCGUAUCUAGAACUGAUAAAAAAGUAUUUAAUUCUCCUGCUGUCUUUGCUGGUUCAAAGAUAUUUUUAACAGCUUGUUUUUUUUAAUAGUCUAUUAUAAACUGCAUCAGUAUGAAUGGACAUGAACAUUUCAGUUGCCCUUUUUGUUCAAAAUACUGUACAGCUUUCAUAUAAAAUAUAUUUGCAUUACAUUUUUGUACUUCA